AUGUCAGCUCUCGAGAUUACACCCGCAGCGGCGGGUCAUGAGCUUGAUGACACAAAGAAGGUUAACAUAGAAGACAUUCAAGAUGUUGAAGUCGGAGAUGUCAGAAAGCCAGAUCUAUACAGCAAGGUCUCGGUCUAUUUGACCAUGGUCUUCUCGGGUCUCGCCUUGGGAUCAGAUGGCUACAAUGCUGCAGUGAUUGGCAACCUCGAACUUCUCUUCGCGACUCUCUAUCCCGAAGCCCUAACAUCAACAAUGCGAUCCCGCCUCUCUAACGCCUUCCUUAUCGGUAUGAUUGUCGGCAUGAUUGGUUUCGGCGUUGUGGUAGACCAACUGGGUCGCAAAACCGGCGCCGUCAUGACAACGCUCAUCCUCCUCCUUGGUAUCGCGUUGAGCGCUGGCGCAAGUGGUUUAACCACAACUGGUCUGAUGUGGAUGCUCGUCAUCGCUCGUGGAAUAGCUGGCGUAGGAGCAGGAGGAGAAUAUCCCGUUUCAGGCGCCGGCGCGAUGGAGGCUUCUGAUGAGGAUGGCCAGUUUCGCAAGUCGAGAGGGUUCAUGUUUGCCAUGGUUGCUGAUCUCUCUGCGGGACUGGGAUAUACUUUCGGUGCGCUUGUUCCGUUGCUCUUAUUGCUUUGUGUGCAUCAACGAACGGAUCGAUAUGAGACUGUUUGGAGAGUUGCUCUUGCACUGGGUGCUGUUCCGCCACUGUCUAUCUUUUGGUUCCGAUUGAGGAUGAGGGUAUCCACGGCGUAUCGAAACUCAGCCUUGCGAAAACAAAGAACGCCGUAUGUUCUGAUCUUCAAGAAGUAUUGGAGACGCAUCAUUGGCGCGGCGCUGAGUUGGUUCCUGUAUAACUGGAUCUCAAUUCCCUUUGGCAUCUUUAGCUCUGUCAUCAUUUCAAGAGUCAAUGCUUCGAACUCGCUUGUCCAGAACCUCGGUUGGGGAGCCCUCAUCAACAGCUUCUACCUGCCUGGUCCUUUCAUCGGCGGAUACCUGUCUGAUAAGAUCGGAAGGAGAAAGACUAUGGCUUUGGGAUACACUCUUCAAGCUGUUCUCGGCUUCGUGCUUGGUGGCGCCAACGAGCAGAUCCAGAAAGUCUUUCCGUUGUUCGUGGUUCUAUAUGGCAUCUUCCUCACUCUAGGUGAAGUCGGCCCUGGAAGUACUGUUGUCAUUGUGGCGACAGAACCAUUCCCAACUUCGGUUCGAGGCCAUGCUCUUGGCUUCAUCUCCGCAUGGUCGAAAGCUGGUGCUGCCAUCGGUACUCAGGUUUUCACUGCUAUCCUCAGCUCAUACACCGAUACCGUCAAGGGCAAUCAAGUUGUCUUCUUAAUUGGCUCAGCAUUCGCAGUUCUGGGCGCACUCAAUGCAUGGUUCGUUGUUCAAGAUGGCGAGAAACAUCUCGAAAAAGAAGAUCAAAUCUGGAAGAAUUAUCUCGAGGAGAAUGGAUGGGAUGCUAGUUGGGGUGACCAUCAAACACAAGAUCCUGUCGGAACCUUGAAGGAUGAACUCAAGCCGACAUCUUGA